AUGUUCGGCAAAUACUUUGCCGACUGGGCAUCUACCCUCGACCUCGGCAUGGCGCCCGGUGCUUUUCAGGGCUUCGACCCACAGUCAGAUCGCGAAGCAGCUGUCUUCUUCAAUGGGUGGCAUUUGAUUACCGAGCUCAGCCAGGAGAUCAAUCAAGUGAAAAUACCGUGGGCUUGGUGGGGGGCUUUGUUGGUAAACCUUGUUUCUUGUUUGGCAACAACGGCAGCUUUCCACCCUGAUCUAUCUCCAGCUGAGCGACUUGAAAACUCUAUGGCUGCUUUCGUCCUCCUAGACCUCGGUGACAUGCUUGCAUCGGAUGAGUGCGCGCGGCGAAAUCAACCCAAAGGCUCAUGUUGGCUACACAAAUUGACGCGCAAGAACCUGCAGUUCCUGUGCGGCAUGCUUGCCAUUGCAGUUUGCAGCCUUGAUGUUGGUGUACCCUUUGUGCCGCGUCGCAGCUCGGAACUUCCGCUUGAGCAAUUCUUUGGCUAUCUGCGGAGCCAGUACGGUAGCUCUCAGAUGACUAUCCGGGACUACAUUCAUGCCUCGGCCAAGAAGAUGCGGCAAACCUCCCUUCGCAUGAAGCGAGACCCUCCCCAACCCUCGCAUGCUCAGGCACACUCGGCAAUCACGGAUGAUGAGUUCGCGGCCUGUGCUCAGAGGGCUCUCAAUAGCGCUGUGAAACUAAUGGCUUGCUGCUCAGAUCGCACCCCAGGGGCUUUGCUGAAGGCUUACGUGGCCUACGCUGCCAAGCAUUCCGCUGACAUGGAUCUUGCAGUAUCUGGAGCAGCUGACCUUGACAUCGACCAGGAUGGGGAGCCCAUGGAGGAUUUGCAGGACAACGAGGCGCCACCGCCAGGCAUUGUUGACGCUCCAUCAUCUUCAUCAGGUGAUGCGCCGGGCCCAGCUAUGUCAAGAAGUGAUGCAGAAUGCUUUCAGCUACUCACGCAGAUUCAGGCCAGGGAGGCCGCGGAUGGGACAUCUUGGGAGGAGCCUGUGUUGCCAGUCAUCAAUGAGGAGCAUGCGCAGCGGCUGGGAACAGGUCCUCAGCCACCUCCUGAUGCCUUGGAUGAGGACUGCUGGGCCUUUGUGAUUGGGGGCGAAGAGGAAGUUGAUCAUGCUAAGGGCGCAGCAGAUGCAGCUUGCGGCGAUGCGCGGGCUGCCAAAGUCUUGACCUUGGGUCGUGCGUUGGCAGAAGCUCGAAUAGGAGGUGAGUUGACAAGUGUGGAGCCCGUCAUGCCUUGGCUUUGGUUGCUCCUCGUGAACCUCCGAACCAAGGCUGAUGCACAUGCGCUUCCAGAUCCUGCGCGAACUAGGCGAUUGCGGCGGAAAUUGCACUGGCAUCAGCUGGCUUUACGAGAGGCGGCACUGGUCAGGGAGAUGUGCGGGGCUCCUUCGAAGCGCACAAGUCGUGCCGCCGCUUGGAGGGCAUUGACGGCAUCACUGAAGGCAAAAUGUGAGGGCUCGGAUGCGGCAGAUGUUCAGCAGGUUGCCUCCGGCAUGUUUGUAUUGCUGGUGCCUCCUGGCUAUGAAAACUGGUGCGUUGGUUGUGUCCUGAGCGUCUGGAGAAAAACUGCGCGUGGAUCCAAGCUCACCCACUUGCCCGCUCCAAGUGAAGCUGUUCGAUGCGUGCGUGUUGCCAUCAUGCGACCGGUUGAGGGCAAGAUGGAGGGCACCUUUGCAGCCGGAGCCGACAGCCACGCAAUGGUUGCAGCUGUUCAUCGAGUUGGCCUCGUGCUACAAGUUGUUCAGAAGGCAUCUCAAUUCAGCACAUGGCCUGAUGAUUUGGUGGGGCAUUUGCCGGCCAUUACAUCAUCCGCACCGGUGCCCAAGCAAUCCGAGCAUCCAGCGGCAGAGGAGACCGUGCAGGAGCAGGAGAACAAUGGUGAUGCCAGUGGAUCAGGUGGUGCAAUCCCCGGAACACCAUCAAAUCCAAAAACCCCGAAGCUCCAGCAGCAGCUCGUGAAGGCUCUGGCCCAGCAGCUGCAUGUCAAAGCCAAAUCCAUGGAGAAGACAAAGGCCAUCCCAUGCAAUUUCACGCGAGCGAAGAAGGGCGAUGCACUGAUCGCCCAAAAGAUGCAGAAACUACUGGAGAUCGACGCUGCUCACCACGCGGCUCGCCCUCUCUUGACCACCGAGGGCCGAGUCCGAGGCAAAGAUGGAAGGUUGGGGCCGAAGUGGGAGGAAAUCCGUGCACGUGCUCCAGCGUUCUUCAGUGCAAAAUUUGAGAAGGUGCGGAAUCGAGAGGCGUAUGGCAAGGCGGUUCACACGUUCCUCGUUCGAUUGCAUGCUGAGCUGUCCCACGAGCCACACACGCGGUUGCUCACGGUCCCUUCUGUGGCGCUCCCUUGGAGCAGGGCGGAACCUGGCGGAGUUGAGCUUCUGAGAAGUACAACUUCGCCUACCGCCGUCUUACCAGUCUGCUGCAUCCGCUACAAGGAGAUCAAGGGCUCUGAGGAGCACCCGAGCGUGGUCUCCGGACCUCAGUUGCUGGGCUUUGCGGAGCCUUCAGGAGGAUUUGAAUAUCUGCCUAUCUUGACAGAUCCCCACAUUGCGCACCAACGCGCCUCUGGACAGCUGGUUGCUUGGCAAAGUAUACAGAAGGUAAUUCUUGGAGCCAAGUACAAGGCCGACACUAUGGCGCAGGUCACCGGCAGCUCCUUGAGCUGCUCGGAGGAUUUCGGCUUGGGAAUUGUGCCUCAGAUUGCGACGAUUCUGGAUGAGUCCAGGAAAAAAGGUCUACUUGGCCAAUAUCUUUCGAAGCCGGAUCAAGCGUGGCAGACAAUGGGAGACACCGGGCUUCAGAAGGAACUCUACCGGCGCUUGAAAGAGGCCGUGCCCUGCAUUGAUGCAGCUGGUCUCACCAAGGCCACGGAAAGUGUUCUUUGCAAUGCGAGUCUGGCAGAGUUAGCUCAACAGUGUGGCAUGGAAGAGCUGACAAGGACAUGGUCCAAAGCUAUCCGUUCUGCCCACGAUGACCAGAUAGGCAAGGAAGCGGACGCCGUAGAGGCGCUGUACUUCUUCUGCAGCGAUGUGUCGGAGGAUAGUGGGCUAAGACAGGUGGCACAUUUGAUGGUAUGCCAACUCUUUUGCAAAAGGAUUGCAAAAUUGUAUCAUGAUGCAAGUGCUGUGAAAUUCCCUGUGAAAUCCCAGGUUCAUAGCAUGGAUAGCGGGAUUUCUCAAGCAAAAGAGGUUCCCUCAACAAGCUCUACUGCAUUGCCGGAGUCGGUGGUUGGCGCUGACAUGAAGGAACUCAAUGAGGCCUUCCAACGGACUGCGAAUACCCACCAGAUUCUAGUUUCAUGGGAACAGGUGGAUCGAUCAGACAAGCCAGCCUGGAAGAUAUCCACGUCUUGUGAUGGCAAAGAAGAUGGGCCAAUUCUAUGGAAAGACGUCAGGAAGGCCCAGGCAAUCUUGUUGGCCAAGAUUCAUUGGCUACACUGCAACAAGCCUGCUGUGUACCAGAAUCUGGGUGUCUUUGUGCACGGUUCGGCUGCUGCUGGCCCACAAGUGCCUGGCGAUGCGGAUCUGAUCAUCGAAAAGGGGUCCGAGAUCUUGGACGAGGAUAACCUACUACCUCCGCAGUUAGACGGCUUCCUCACGUUUGCAGAGCUCAUCUGCCGCGUUUGCCUGGCGCAGGUGCUCAUGUUGAUGGUCUGGCAGUUUGGACGUGCCCUCGCACACAACAAGGUGGGCCAUUUUCUCAACAUCAGCUGCCCUGGCUCUGCGCUCUCACGAUGGUUGCCAGCCAUGGCAUUCGCGCUGUUUACGUUUGUCAUUGGUGUUUGGGGCUGUCGCGUGGGUGAUGAGGGCCUUCCAACCUGGGCACUUCGCUAUAGUCAUGUGUGCGACAUCUUCUGCCACGCAAUUGUGGCAUCAGCGCUCAUGGGCCUAGGAUUCGAUGUCGCGCUGGCAGCACGCGAGGGGUGGCUUUGCACUUUCAUCAAGCAGUUUGUGUUCUGCCAGGACACAGUGGAAGCGCAUGGUGUUUCUGGCCGUGAGGGUGAGACAGAGUUUGGUCAAUACCUGACCUACUCCUUCCACAGCACGCCUGCUGCAGCUGAAGCCCACGCUGGCCGGAAAAGCCUCUGCGAACUUCUGAGAAUCUGCUUUAUGUGGGCAUCUUUUGUUUUCAUGCUCUGGGCCUACACGCUGGCUGCAUACUUCCCAGAUCUCGCUCCUGACUGGAUUGCCAUUCUCGUCGACUUCGUGGGCAGAUUCUGCUGGGCUGGCAUAAGCUUUUGGUUGAUGUCUUCUGCCCUCUCUCUGCGGGAUGUGGCCAGAUGUUGGCGUCGGGAUGGUUCCAACUGUCAGAGCACCCUUGGAAUCCAGCCAAGCGCCGUUGAAACUCAGGCUCAGUGA